GGGGCAAAAGGUUAUUUCUGGUUGGGUGCCUUCCAGAUGUUUCGUGCUUGGGCAGCAACUUCGUUGAAAACCACCCCAUUUCAAAGAUCUUUAAAUGAGACGUCGCAGGCAGCUCUGGUGGCAGCCCCAAGCAGAUCUAGCCACAUUGGUGAGGGCAUUGCCCAGCCAUGCCCACCGUAGACGAUGUUCUGGAGCAGAUUGGGGAGUUCGGCUGGUUCCAGAAGCAAGCCUUCCUGCUGCUAUGUCUGAUCUCGAUCGCCUUAGCCCCCAUCUACGUGGGUAUCGUCUUCCUGGGCUUCACCCCUGACCACCGCUGCCAGAGUCCAGGGGUGGCCCAGUUGAGCCAGCGAUGUGGCUGGAGCCUGGCAGAGGAGCUGAACUACACGGUGCCAGGCCUGGGGGCUGCGGACGAGACCUUCCUCCACCAGUGCAUGCAGUAUGACGUGGACUGGAACCAGACCAGCCUUGACUGCGUGGACCCUCUGUCCAGCCUGGCUGCCAACCGGAGCCACCUGCCUCUGAGCCCCUGCCAACACGGCUGGGUGUAUGACAUGCCCGGCUCCUCCAUUGUCACAGAGUUUGACCUGGUGUGUGGUGAGGCUUGGAAGGUGGACCUCUUUCAGUCCUGCGUGAACCUAGGCUUCUUCCUCGGCUCCCUGGGCGUGGGCUACAUCGCGGACAGAUUUGGACGAAAGCUGUGCCUCCUAGUGACCACCCUGAUCACAGCCCUGUCAGGCGUGCUGACAGCCGUGGCCCCCGACUACACAUCCAUGCUGCUCUUCCGCUUGCUGCAGGGCACGGUCAGCAAGGGCAGCUGGGUGUCCGGCUAUACCCUGAUCACAGAGUUUGUCGGCUCUGGCUACAGAAGGACUGCUGCGAUCUUGUACCAGAUGGCCUUCACGGUGGGACUAGUGGGGCUCUCCGGGGUGGCCUACGCCAUUAGGGACUGGCGCUGGCUCCAGCUGGCGGUGUCUCUGCCCAUCUUCCUGUUCUUGCUGUAUUACUGGUGUGUACCAGAGUCCCCUCGGUGGCUGUUGUCCCAGAAGAGAGCCACUCAAGCCGUGAGGACAAUGGAACACAUUGCCCAGAAGAACGGGAAGUUACCCCCUGCUGAUCUGAAGAUGCUCUCUGUGGAGGAAGAUGGCUCCGAAAAGCUGAACCCUUCAUUUGCAGACCUGUUCCGCACACCCAACCUGAGGAAGCACACUCUUAUCUUGAUGUACCUGUGGUUCAGCUGUGCUGUGCUCUACCAAGGCCUCAUCAUGCAUGUAGGGGCCACGGGCGGGAACCUCUACCUUGACUUCCUUUACUCGGCUCUGGUGGAAUUCCCUGCAGCCUUCAUCAUCCUCGGCACCAUUGACCGUGUGGGCCGCAUCUACCCGAUGGCUUUGUCGAAUCUUGUGGCUGGGGCAGCCUGCCUCAUCAUGAUCUUUAUCCCACAUGAACUGCACUGGUUGAACAUCACCCUUGCUUGUCUUGGCCGAAUGGGAGCCACCAUUGUGUUACAGAUGAUCUGCCUGGUAAAUGCUGAGCUGUAUCCUACGUUCAUCAGGAACCUGGGGAUGAUGGUGUGUUCUUCCCUGUGUGACCUGGGUGGGAUCUUUACCCCUUUCAUGGUCUUCAGGCUGAUGGAUGUUUGGCAAAACUUGCCCCUCAUUUUGUUUGGGGUUUUGGGCCUGACUGCUGGGGCAAUGACGCUGCUUCUUCCAGAGACCAAAGGUGUGGCUUUGCCUGAGACCGUUGAAGAUGCAGAGAACCUCCAGAGGAAAUCAAAGACCAAAGAGAACACGAUUUACCUUCAGGUCCAAACGGGCAAAUCUGUGGGCAUCUGAGAAGGACACUGAACCAGAAGCUGUGUGGCGGAGACAAAGUGGGACUCGCUGGAAAGUCUCAGAAGCCCUCACCUUCCUGUACCCUUCUACAUGUUUGCCUGCCCCCAAACUGAUAUCAGUCUAAAGCGUUUUCUGAAACGUC